AUGGAAGGAAGAACAAGUGUCGCAAACAAUUCGUCGACUACCUCUGCAGUUAAAGUUCCUACAACUUAUGUCUCACCAUUCUCAAAACCCUUACGACCUCCUAUAAUACCAAAACAACUUCCUCAUACAAUUGCAAACAAAUUGUUGGACAAUUCAAGACAAUCUACUCAAGAAAAUACCAUACAAACAAACGAAACAACAGAUACAGUUGUACCAGACACAACAGGACAAGUUUUACAGUCUUCUCCAAUUGCAAACCAAUUGUCCAACAAUUCAAGACAAUCUACUCAAGAAAAUACCAUACAAACAAACGAAACAACAGAGGAACAACCAAGCGCGUCAUCGAUGACGACAAGGUCCCAGAUGAGAUACCUCGCGUUCGCGAAGCAAUUUCAAUCAGGAGAUACAGAAAAUACAGAAGAAAACACUACCAUAUCUGAACGUGUUCGCAGGCAAUAUGCUAAAAAAAGACUUCAACUCCUUGAAAAACUCAAAAACCAAUGGGGAAUUCAAGACGACACCGAUUAUUCGGAAGUGUUUCAGUCUGUUAUGGAUAGUUUGCAACCAGUUGAAAAUGAAGUUAAAGACCCAGGUGUUCUCGUGGACUUGUUUGUUCAAUACUUGCCUGUUACAGCAAACCUAAUUGCACUACAAGCCAUCGACCAAUUUAUUAGACUUUUCCCCAAAAAUAUGCAAACUUAUUUGCAAAAUGUGAAAAUUGCUGAGUAUGUCAGCAUAUAUCCCAAUACCUACAACUAUCUCGAAGAAUUGGAUGAGUAUGGGCAAAGGUCCUUUUACGUAUACUUUUUUACCAAUCCAGGACAGUCAAAACGGUUAUAUUGUAUACAAUCUUUACCAGAAUUUCAAGACAAUUUCCAUGUCAUAUCCACUAUAGCAUUAGAUACACCAGAAAGAGUUCCCUACGGUAGCAAAGUUAGUAUUUCAAGCUUCCCGAAAGCUACCAAAGGACAUCCUAUAAAAUUGGCAGAAUUCACUCAUUCAAAUUGCCAAUUCAAACAGGAUGUUGAGUUUGUAUUCUUACACGAUACCACAUUCAUAAUACAGACACCUCCAGAUGGACUCUACAAAGUAUUUAUAGCUGGACACGUAGCACCAGAUGACGAAGAAGAAGUCGAGGAAAUUAUAUCUUCGGAUAAUGAAGAGGAACAAACAUUUGAAGAUGUUAAAGACUCAGAUUAUACUGAGUAA